GCCUCCAGUCACAGAGCCCGGAGGCAGAGGCCUCCCAAGGUGCCGUGCUCUCCAGGAGGGUCUGAGGAGGAGGGAGGGGCGGCAGAGUGGGCCUGUGCUUGGAGACGUCACCCCGGGCUUUAUAAAAGGGAUGUGAUCAGGGAGCUGGGGAGAACUCAGCCCGGGAGCCCAGCUGCCCACCCUCUGGACAUUCACCCAGCCAGGCGGUCUCGUCACCUCAGAGACUCCGCCAGACUCCCGCCCAGGCCAGGACUGAGGCAAGCCUCAAGGCACUUCUAGGACCUGCCUCUUCUCACCAAGAUGAACUCACUGGUUUCUUGGCAGCUACUGCUUUUCCUCUGUGCCACCCACUUUGGGGAGCCAUUAGAAAAGGUGGCCUCUGUGGAGAAUUCUAGACCCACAGGCCAGCAGCUGGAAUCCCUGGGCCUCCUGGACCCCUGGGAGCAGAGCCUGCCGUGCACCGAGAGGAAGCCAGCUGCUACUGCCAGGCUGAGCCGUCGGGGGACCUCGCUGUCCCCGCCCCCCAAGAGCUCCGGGAGCCCCCAGCAGCCGGGCCUGUACACUCCCCACAGCCGCCAGAUCCCCGCACCCCAGGGCGCGGUGCUGGUGCAGCGGGAGAAGGAUCUGCCAAACUACAACUGGAACUCCUUCGGCCUGCGCUUCGGCAGGCGCAAGCGGGAGGCGGCACGGAACCACGGCAGAAGCGCUGGGCGGGGCUGAGGGCGCAGGUGCGGGGCAGUGAGCUUCAGACCCUAGAGGAGUCAGAGCAUGCGGGGCG